AUGGAGUAUCAUCAACCGACCCAAGUGCAACACGAAGAUUGGUUGGUAGUUCGGCCUGAAGUGGAGCGAACAAGAGCAAGACGUGAGCCGAUGCUCAUGAUAAGGAACGGCUCAGAUGACGAAGAGUCGGCAGAAGGCAGUAAAGAUCCACCAACUCCGAAACGUGCUAAGAUUGACGAGGAUGAACUAAUUGCAGAAGCUGUUCUUGCCUACGCUGUUAGCAUUGACGAUGAUACGGACCUACCAACUACGAUGCUCAAGCAAUAG